AUGGAUUGUCUCGCGAAUCAUCGAUGCAAGACGCUUAUUUUGCCUGACACAAUGAGAAUACCACUGAAUAUGACGGUGGUGUAUAAGCAAGUCAGAAUUCCGAUCAUUCGCUCCAUUUUCCUUUCUCAUUCCUGGACAUGGACACUAACAGUUCUCCUUAUUCUGUUCGCCGCUUUCCUCAUUAUGGUAUCCACAUCAUUCAAUGCAGAAACGCACGAAAAUCCAUUUCGAUUCAUGUUCCUAACGCACCCCAUCACCGUAUCAAAGCCUCAGCUCGAGCGCAUGUUUCCAUCUACCUCUUUUUCGAGUAUCAAGCAAGAGGACUGCCCUAUCUGUUUAAGCUCGUUCACUGCAGCUGACAAGAUUCGAACUCUGCAAUGUGGCCAUGUAUUUCACUCGGAAUGCAUCGAUCCCUGGAUGAUUGAGUACAAGGCGGAGUGCCCGCUGUGCAAGAACGACAUUCGAACUGCAAAAGAAGCGAUUUCAACAAACAAUUAA